GGAAGACACUUCACGAUGCAUGAAAGGAUAAGAAAAGACUCUUCUCCAUCCCAUGAUGGGAAAAUGGAACACGGAACUGAAAAAUUACAUCUCAAACGUGAACUUGGCCUGGUUAGUGCUGUGUCAAUGAUAGCUGGCACCAUGAUUGGCUCUGGUAUCUUCAUGUCUCCACAGUGGGUCCUCUACUACAUGGGCAGCCCUGGAGCCAGCCUUUUAAUAUGGGCAGCCUGUGGCAUUCUGGCGAUGUUGGGUGCCCUUUCCUAUGCUGAACUUGGUACUGUCAUUAAGGAAUCUGGAGGAGAUUACAUUUAUAUCUUACGGAAUGUUGGCACCUUACCAGCCUUCCUCCUGGCAUAUACAUCGGUCAUUGUGGUCAGACCAGCUGGCAUUGCUGCAGUUUCUUUAAGUUUUGCAGAAUAUGUGGUGGCUGCUUUCUACCAGGACUGCCCACCACCACAGGUAGUGUUGAAGUGUACAACGGCUGUCUGUAUCCUUGUCCUGAGCAUCAUCAACUGCCUCAAUGUCAGGCUUUCUGCCGCCAUUAUUAACAUCUUCACAGCUGCCAAGCUGAUGAUCUUGCUGGUCAUAAUUGUGGGUGGUAUGGUCCUCUUGGCCCAAGGGAACACUCAGGUCUUUCAGAAUGCCUUUGAAAACACAGCUGCAGGUUUUGGUCCAGUUGGAGUGGCUUUUUAUCAAGGACUCUGGUCUUAUGACGGAUGGAACAACCUGAACUAUGUAACUGAAGAAGUGAAGAAUCCUGAGGUGACUCUGCCGCGAGCUGUGAUGAUUGCAAUUCCGCUAGUAACAUGCAUCUAUCUCCUGGCUAAUGUCAGCUAUUUUGCAGCAAUGACUCCACAGGAACUUCUCUCUUCAGACGCCGUGGCUAUCAGUUGGGGGGUGAAGGUGCUGGGAAGCUGGACUUGGAUAAUAUCUCUUGGUGUGGCACUUUCUACUUUCGGUUCAGCUAACGGAACCUUCUUUAGUGGAGGGCGUGUGUGCUAUGUGGCAGCCAGAGAGGGCCAUUUGCCGGACGUUCUCUCAAUGGUUCAUGUGAAGUGGCUGACGCCGUCCCCAGCCCUGAUCUUCACCACGGUUAUCUCAUUAAUAAUGAUCAUUCCCGGAGAUUUCAGCACUAUUGUAAACCUCUUCAGCUUUACAGCCUGGCUCUUCUACGGUACAACGAUUUCUGGCCUGAUAUAUAUGAAGAUUAAAAAGCCGGAUAUUCCCAGGCCAUAUAAAGUUCCAAUCAUCAUCCCAGUGAUUGUACUUAUCGCCGCCGUGUACCUGGUCCUGGCACCCAUCAUCGGCAGCCCUCAGCUGGAGUAUCUCUAUGUCGUGCUCUUUAUCCUCAGCGGAGUUCUUCUUUACAUUCCUGUGGUCCGUUAUAAAUGGUCUCCCAAAUGUUUCCGAUCCAUCACCCUCUAUCUGCAGCUGCUGCUGGAAGUUUCUCCAGCUGAGCGAAACGACUGAGACGAAGCCCGGAGCCAUCUGUGUCCCUCUUAUCUGUGCACAGAUCCCAGUACUUCCAGUUCCUUUGGACUUUUGCUGCUUUAUUUUGGACCCAAACCCACAUACGUUUUAAGCAGCACCCAACUGCAGUUUUGU